UUCAGCAACAGUUUAGUUCGAUUUGGACUGCGAAGCGCGUUGGAAGUGUUCAGUUCGGUAGUUGACGUAGAGAAGCCAGAGUGUACGAAGCUUUCAUUCAAAAACUCGUUCGUUGCUUUGUGUGUGUGUGCGCGCUGUCAUCAUCAUAUUGCCUCACGAUUGUGUCACCAGUCGCAGUAGUUUUUUUUGCUCGUAUCUUGCCAUCCGCCCCUAAUAUUAAAUGCCUCACGGGAUUCGCGACACUAGCAGUGUGACAUUUCGCAGAACUUUACCCGCUCGGAAAACGGUAAUACGCGUAUGCUAAUUUCGCAUCCGCGGAGAAUAUGUGGAAAACUAGAGUCGCGUGGAAAACUAGUAGUUUGAAAGCGAUCGCCAUCUUGUGUUUGUCCGUCGAUUGAAUACCUGAUUAGACAAAUACGACAUUCUCCCUUGACUUGACUGCCAGAUUUCGCUGCAGCAGAAAGCGAAGGUUUCUGUGUUUGUGGGUGGUGAUCAUAAUAAACGUAGAGAGAGAAAAAAAACUUGACAGGCCUAAAGUGAGCUAUUGUUUAGCUGGUUAGAAAUUAGGGAAGUGCUUUGCCAGGCAGGAGAGACAAGAAACAAGUAAUCAAAUCCUUGGAACCAAACAGAAAAGAUGCAUUCAGCAAAGGGAGGCGCAGCAGGAGCCGGAGGUUAUACUUACCUUUCCCUUGCAGACGGACACAAGCAGGAAUCGGACAAGCUAGCUACGGACAGCGGUGCCGUCGAUUCCGGGUUUCACUCGGGGCAAAAUCUGAGCUCGGAUAACUUCUCGAGCGUGUCGCACGACACCCCGCUGGAACCGUUGUUCGAGUCCGGCAGCCAGAAAGCAACCGCUGCACAUCAGCAGCAGCAGGAAGAGGACUCACAAACCUUCGACUCCGGCGUAGAUCUCGAUUCGAGCCAACAACAGCUCCGCACUAGCGAAUCGAUGAAGGUGGACAACAUGAACGACCUGUGCAAAGGCAUGCAACAAAUGAAUGUGGGCCGGAACAAACCGACCACAUACAGCCGGGAAAUGGACUUACGGCAGAACGAAGACGGAGAUACAUACCUUCACUUGGCCGUGAUCCACGAGGCCACCGAUCUCGUCUGGAAGUUGCUGCAGGUAGCCCCUCAGUAUUGGCUCGACAUGCAGAAUGACUUCGGUCAAACGCCGCUGCACCUGUCGGUCCUAACGGCGCAACCACGGAUUGUACGACGACUGGUGAUGGCCGGUGCCAAGCUGGGAAUUCGCGACAUCGAAGGCAAUACGCCCCUACAUUUGGCGUGCCUCCACAACCACACCGACUGCGCCCAGCAACUACUGACGCCACUCACUCUGCACGAGCUGUCACAGUCUAAUCCAGCUCUGCCAGCAGCCAUCAAAAUUCCACAGGAUCUCGAGCAGUGGAACAGAAAUGGAAAACGAUGUGUUCACAUAGCAGCCGAAACGUCGAACAUUGAAAUUCUUCGGUACUUGGUCAGCGCCGGAGCCGACAUCAAUUCACGGGAAGGCAAAUCGGGCCUAACGCCGUUGCACAUUGCCAUCGAAACCGGCAACGAGCCGCUGGUGAACUUCCUCCUGGACGAGUGUCCCAAGCUGCGGCUGGAGCAGGAAACGUACGCCGGACUGACCGCGUACCAGUUGGCCGCGCUGCAACAAAACCAAACGCUACAGAAUGGCCUCCAGAACCGGGGAGCGGAACCGCUCAGUCCACCGGAGUCCGACUACGACGAUGACGAGAGCGAGGAAGAUGAAAAGAUUCCGACCUAUUACAGCACCAACAGUUUCAGCAAUUUCGCCGGACUUUCCACGAUCAAUGUAGCGUAGUUUUACAAACUGUAUUUCUCUACUUGGCAACCUUAACGACGACGGCAGUGGAAAUUUAUCCGGAACAUCCGUCGAAUCAGUGUUAAAUGUUGUGUAAUCUUCCUCCUACUAUAUACAUGUAUGUAUCUAUGUAAUCUAUACCUGUGCGACCAUCAAACCUUCAAUCAUACAAAACCACCAGGCACGGAGUCACACUACUAGACUAGCGAAGUAAAAGUAGAUUCUUUUUUUCCUGUGUAAAGCUUUUUAUUUGUAUACGUUUAGAAUUCGUCAUAUUUACACCUUCUUGAACAAAACGACACAGCAAAUAUGUUAAACAGAUCGUUAAUAUGCAAAAGUCAGAAAAAAGCCCUUUUUCUGUGUCCCUCACCUGUCAAUAUCAGUAGCAGCAGUGAGUCAGAGAGUGUAAGAUAUGCAUUAUCAUCGUCUAUUAUGAACGUUCUAAAAACUGUGUAGUAAAAUUAGUUUAUUAUACUUUCUUCCGAAA